UGAAAAGUCAGCUGUUUAUACAAAAGUCAUUUGAACGAUAAACAAAAUUUUAUCAAAACACAAAAAGUGUUUGUGUGUGAAACUAAAAUAUUUACGAAAUGGACAUAAUAAAAGCUGAAAUUGCGAGGAAACGAAAAUUGCUUGAAGAUAAACAGCUUGUGGAUGAUAAGAAAAAAUAUUUUAAGCGCGGUGAAUUAAUAGCAAAGAAUACGGAGGAAAUUUUACAGAAAGUGGGCUACAAGAAACAAGAAAGUCGCGAAGAGGAUCAGGCACCUGAAGGGCAUUAUAGUUAUGUAUCCGAAGGACAAAAUAUUCUGCCUCGCGCUGAAGUUGUAAGACGUUUGCGUGAACGCGGUGAGCCUAUACUUAUUUUCGGCGAAACUGAAGCGGAUGCUUUUCAUCGUUUGCGUCAAUGCGAAAUUUCGCAACCUGAAACCAAUCGUGGAUUCCGUAAUGAUUUCCAGGAAGCCAUGGAACAAGUAGAUCAAGCAUAUUUGCAGGAAAUGUUUGCGAAUGCACCUACUGCUAAGGAGGAACAAAAGUCGGAUCUGGCGGAACUGGACGAAACGGUCUCGUGGGAAAGCAUCAAAGCGAGUGCAAUUAAAAUGGGUCGAGGAAACAAAGAAUACGAUAUGGAUGUCAUUAUUACUUUGCUUACCUUCUUGCUAAAAAUGUGGAAUGACCAAAUCGCUUCAUAUUCCAAACAGGAAAAAAUGUCCACUAAAACUAAAAUGGCACGUGUAAUCUUUACGCAAACGCGUGAAUAUGUGAAACCUUUAUUUCGUAAGCUAAAACAUCACACGUUGCCGGAGGACAUUUUAGAUAGUUUGCGAGACAUUUGUAAACACCUGCUUAAUCGGGAUUAUAUAACAGCUAGCGACGCUUACCUAGAGAUGGCCAUAGGCAACGCUCCUUGGCCCAUUGGUGUCACUAUGGUGGGUAUUCACGCACGUACAGGACGCGAAAAAAUUUUCUCCAAGAACGUGGCUCAUGUAAUGAAUGACGAAACACAACGGAAGUACAUACAGGGAUUGAAACGUCUAAUGACGAAAUGCCAAGAGUAUUUCCCCACCGACCCCUCGAAAUGUGUCGAGUAUGUAAGCAAAAAGGAUCGUACAGAUUGAGGACAGCAACAAAUUAUUUAUUAACUUUUCUAAUAAGUAAGAUUAGUUAUACACACAUAAUUACAUAUUUAUUAUAAGGCUUAAUAAAUCUUUAGACUACAUGUUUGUCACAAA